AGAAUGGGUCUAGCCUGGGGAGGGCUCCUCUUGGUUCUCCUCUCAUCCUUGUGUCAUGGAAGCUUCUUGAUAGCCGGUAAAGACCUAAUUGCCAUUGCUGGACCUCUGAGCCAAAGUAAAGUGGGUCUUCAUAAUGAGGCAAUGCCAACUAAUGCACUUGGGUGCAGUAAAAGAGAUCUACAAGUAAUGACAGAGCAGUUACCGGUUCUACAGAAGUAUGGAGUCACCCAUUACAAGAUUUAUCUAAAUUGGAACUUUCUACUCAAGGAUGAGACUCAAGUACAGUGCUACAGGAGCCUUCUUCAGGCCUUGGCCAGGGUUAGCAUCAGACCUGUUGGUGUCCUACACAUAGGAGACCUCGGUGGUCUUCCAACAUCCAUCACGGAAGACAAACCAACGGAACUCUAUAUAAAACAUGCUGACUUUGCGUUCCAUACAUUUGGGGAUUUGGUCCACACCUGGAUCACCUUUGAUGUUCCCAAAGAGGAGACACUAAACCCUCAAUAUUUGCAGUUUUUGAUUGAAGCACAUGAGAAGAUUUCCACCUUGUACCACACCAAGUACCUUAAAGCAGGUGGGUGGUUGUCUGUUGCUCUUGACCCAGAAGUCCUGGAUGCCUGUCAGUCAAUAAGCGGCAAUUUCUUGGAAUCUGUUGAUUUUCUUGCACUGAAGAUCGAAUACAAUUGUCUGAAUUCUGAAGAGCUGCAAGAGAAGACAUCCCAUCUGAAGAUCAAGAAAGGUCUGGAGGUUCUAGUCUAUACUUUGUCAUUGAGUGACUGCGCCAGCUUGAAAGAAGAUAACCGCUAUGUCCCAAUUUUUAAAGCUUCAGAAGCGGUGAUUGGCGCAGGAGGUGUUUUCUUGGGCUAUGACAUCAACGAAUUUCUGUUUCUAUCACAUGAUAGUAAAAUAAGGUCAAAGGAGCAGCCAGAAAAGUCUUUAUCCUCACUGUCAGCGUUCACCACAGUUUGGGAGAAGUUCGCCAGCCAAACUCCAGCAGAACGUGAUGCCUUCUUGCCUGGUACAUUUCCAAAUGGCUUCUUGUGGGGCUCAUCCACUUCCGCCUUUAAAGUAGAAGGUGGCUGGACCGAGGGAGAAAGAGGGCAGUCUAUAUGGGACACGUUUGGACAACAUGGCCACGCUCUAGACAAUGCUACUGCAAAUGUGGCCUCUGACAGCUACAACAAGAUUGACUAUGAUGUUUAUCUGCUGAGAGGUCUACAGGCCAACACCUACCACUUCUCCAUCUCCUGGUCCCGGAUCUUCCCAACAGGGCUUAAGUCCAAAGUCAGCUCAGCGGGGGUGAAAUACUACAACACACUCAUUGACAGAUUAAUAUAUGAAAAUAUCAAACCAAUGGUGACAUUGUACCACUGGGAUCUGCCUCAAGCCUUGCAGGAGUCGGGAGGCUGGCAGAACGAAGCCAUCAUUGAAUCUUUCGCUGAAUAUGCUGAUUUCUGCUUCAACAGCUUUGGGGACCGAGUGAAACAUUGGAUCACUUUCCAUGAACCUUGGGUGGUCAGUUAUGCUGGUUAUGGAACUGGAGAACAUGCUCCUAGGAUUCAGGAUCCGGGAAAUGCUUCAUUCAAGGUGACCCACAACAUAGUGAAGGCUCAUGCCAGGGCCUGGCACAUCUACAAUGAUAACUACCGUGGGCAACAGCAUGGGCUGGUGGGCAUCUCUUUGAAUUCCGAUUGGGCAGAGCCAGAAAAUGCCAAUGACCCAGAAAGUGUGAACGCUGCAGAGCGAUAUCUCAGUUUCAUGCUGGGGUGGUUCGCUCAUCCUAUUCUGGUGAAUGGAGAUUACCCGGAGGUUCUGAAGACACAGGUACACCAGAAAAAUACCCAGUGCCCCACCAUAGUGGCUCCACUGCCCACCUUCAGUGAAGCUGAGAAGACCAAUAUUCAGGGCACUGCCGACUUCAUCGGCAUCUCCCACUACACGUCACGGCUAAUCAACGCUUCCAGCAGCUUGGUUUGUGAGAACACUUAUGAUUUUAUUGGAGGGUUUUCUCAACAUAUUGACCCUUCUUGGCCAACCUCGGCCUCUCCAUGGAUCUCAGUGGUGCCAUGGGGCCUUAGGAGGCUGCUAAAUUUUGUCAAGGAAGAGUAUGGGAAAACGGGUCUGUCAAUAUACAUGACUGGCAAUGGAAUGCCAACAUCCACGAUCGGAGAUGCUUUCAAUGACACAGAAAGAGCGGAGUACCUGAAUGCCUAUAUCAAUGAGGCCCUUAAAGCCAUCAAGACUGACAAUGUGUCCGUAGGUUCAUACAUAGUCCGGUCCCUGUUGGAUGGAUUUGAGGGUCCUCAGGGAUACAGCCAGAGGUUUGGUCUUCACUAUGUGGAUUUUGAAAAUCCAAACAGACAACGGACUCCCAAGAAAUCUGCAUAUUUAUUCAACUCCAUUAUCAAGAAUAACGGUUUUACGAACUUCAAAUCAGUUAGGCCCAAAGCUUCAAGCAUAAGUUGGCCGUCUACAAGAAAGCUAGCACCCCUCCCAGCUUCAAAUGUCCCAUCAAAGGCAAAAGUUGUGUGGGAGAAAUUAUCAGGGCAAACUGCCUUCGAAAGAGAUAUGUAUGAGUACGCUACUUUUCCAGAUGAUUUUAAAUGGGGGGUGUCAACGUCAGCCUAUCAAGUGGAAGGAGGAUGGAACGCAGAUGGAAAAGGGCCAAGUACCUGGGACGUUUUCACCAAAGUUCCGGGAAAUAUUGAAAAUAAUAACAACGGCGACAUAGCAUGUGACAGUUACCAUCAGUUGGAUGCUGACCUCUACAUGUUAAAGUCUCUAGGAGUGAACAGUUACCGAUUCUCUAUUUCAUGGUCCAGAAUCUUUCCAACAGGGCAAGGCACGCCAAAUGAUAAAGGUGUUGAAUAUUACAAUAACCUUAUUGAUGGCCUCCUGGCCAAUAACAUCUCUCCAAUGGUGACUCUCUUCCACUUCGAUCUUCCUCAAGCUCUAGAGGAUUUGGGUGGCUGGGAGGAUGACGCAGUUCUUAAUGCCUUUCAUAACUAUGCAGACUUUUGUUUUAAGACAUUCGGAGAUAGGGUCAAGUUCUGGAUGACCUUCAACCAGCCUCACAGCAUUGUGACAGCUGGUUAUGGUCUUGGUUUGAUUCCACCUUCUGUAAUGGAGCCUGGUUCUGCUCCAUAUAGAGUAGCACACAACUUGCUGAAGGUCCAUGCCAGGGUCUACCAUACCUACGAUGAGAACUAUCGAGCUAGCCAAGGAGGUGUAAUCUCACUGAGCUUCAACACAGAAUGGGUAGAACCUAAAGACUACACGUUACAAAGGGACAUUGAAGCUGCUGACCGCUACCUGCAGUUUACUUUAGGGUGGUUUGCUCACCCCAUCUUCAAAAAUGGCGAUUACCCAGAGGCCAUGAAGUGGCAAGUGGCCAACAAAAGUGCCUUACAGGGUCUCCCAACUUCAAGACUUCCAGUUUUUACAGAGGAAGAGAAGGCCUACAUCCAGGGCACAGCUGAUGUUUUCUCUAUUAACAUCUAUACCACCAAAAUAGUUCAGCAUAAAACACUCAGGUUGACCCCCGAAUCUUUUGAAAAUGAUAUCGACAUUGAAGCAUCGGUUAACAAUAACUGGCCAACAACAGCAGUUUCCAUACACAGGGCAGUAGCAUGGGGGACAAGGAGACUGCUUAACUGGGUGAAAGAAGAAUAUGGAGAUGUCGGAAUAUACAUCACUGAAAAUGGAGUCGCCACAAACAGUAACCCUGAUUAUGAUGACAAUGCUCGCAUAUUUUUCUACAAGACCUACAUCGAUGAGGCUUUAAAAGCUUACAGCUUGGACGGGGUGAAUCUUAAGGGCUACACAGCCUGGUCUUUGAUGGACGCAUUUGAAUGGAAUUCUGGGUACUCCGUGCGUUUUGGGCUACACCAUGUGGACUUCAAUAACCCCAACCGCCCAAGGACUGCAAAAAGAUCCGCAAUUUACUAUGCCGAGAUCAUUCGGAACAAUGGUAUCCCUCUGAAAGAAGAAGACAAGUUUCUAUAUGGAGAGUUUCGACCAGACUUUGCGUGGAGUGUGGCCUCAGCGUCCUAUCAGAUUGAAGGUGCCUGGAGGUCUGAUGGAAAAGGACUGAGUAUCUGGGAUAAAUUCACACAUCUCCCACUCAGGAUUAACAACGAUGACAAUGGAGAUGUAGCCUGCGAUAGCUACAACCGACUUGAUCAAGAUAUGGAGAGUCUUAAAAAUCUCAAAGUCACACAUUAUCGCUUCUCGAUCUCCUGGACACGGAUCCUCCCAGAUGGAACACGGAACUUCGUAAAUGAACCAGGAUUUGAUUACUACACCCGUCUGGUGGAUGGCCUUUUGGCUGCCAAUAUUACACCACAGGUGACACUAUAUCACUGGGACUUACCACAAGCUCUACAAGAUGUGGGAGGUUGGGAGAACGAGACAAUAGUUGCAAGAUUUAGGGAUUAUGCUGAUUUGCUCUUCCAGAGAUUGGGAGACAAAGUGAAGUUCUGGAUCACGCUGAAUGAACCGUACGUUAUUUCUAAUCUGGGGCACGGUUAUGGCACAGCGGCACCAGGAAUCACUUCAAGGCCUGGCCGCGCACCAUACGUUGUUGGACAUAACCUCAUCAAGGCUCAUGCGGAGGCCUGGCACCUCUACAACACUACUUACAGGCCAAAGCAAGGAGGCGUUAUUUCUAUAACCAUCAGCUCUGAUUGGGCUGAACCAAGAAACCCGUACAAGCAAGAGGAUGUGGAGGCAGCGCGCAGAUACAUGGCGUUUUAUGGAGGAUGGUUUGCACACCCAAUUUACAACAAUGGCGACUACAACGAGAUAAUUAAAUCACGAGUGUUAGAAAGGAGCUUAGCGCAAGGCCUGACACAGUCUAGGCUUCCUGAAUUCACGGAGGAAGAGAAAAAAAGAAUUAAAGGAACAUACGACUUCUUUGGCUUCAAUCACUACACCACUGUGUUGACUUCUCCUAUCAAUUUUGCCCAAAGCACGCAGUCAUAUGAUGCAGACAGGGGAGUGACAACUAUGACUGACCGCAGCUGGCUUGGCUCCGGUUCUAUUUGGCUCAAAGUGACUCCUUUUGGCUUCCGGAGGAUUUUGAAUUGGAUAAAGGAACAAUACAACAACCCCCCUAUUUAUGUGACGGAGAAUGGAAUUUCUGAACGCGAGACAGACCUAAAUGACAAAUGGCGGAAUCACUACUUCAAGCACUACAUCAACGAGGCUCUGAAAGCGGUUAAGCAUGAUGGUGUGGACAUCCGUGGUUAUACUGCAUGGUGCCUUAUGGAUAAUUUUGAGUGGUCAACAGGUUUCUCAGAAAGGUUUGGUUUGUAUUACACCAAUUACAGUGACCCAAAUCUGACGCGCAUCCCAAAGGAGUCCAUCAAGUAUUACAGAAAUCUCAUCCAGUGCAAUGGAUUCCCAGACCCGGACAGCAAUCAUCCAUGUCUAGGGCUGGAUCAGGAACCUACAGCCACAACACGUAGGCCAGAUCUGACCACUGAGACCACUAAGACCCCUGAGACCCCCGACACUCCAAAAUCCACCAGCGUCAGUUUCCUGGGACUGGACAUCUCUACAGAGGACGCCAUGAUUGCGCUGUACGUGGAGUUUGCCCUUGUACUCGCCUCCGUCAUCGGCAUUAUUGUGUUUAUAGUGAUGUACAGCAAGCUGAAGAAGAAGUUAAAGAUAGCUGAAUUAUUUUAGGAUGCAGAUACCGGCAAUGCAUUGAAAUGAAUGUUUGCUUAAUUGUUUCUGUACAUUGUAAAAACUGCCUGAAUGGAACCAAUUAUGUAAUAAAUUAAGAGAGUUCAUUUUGUACAA